AUGGACUCCAGUCAAGUGCUCAGGCGCCAACACCACCUCCCUUGGUCAGCGACACUAGAAACCAAGCCACUAGUGUUCCACUCAACGAAGAACAAGAAGAGUUCAAUGGGUUUAGUCAUCAAGUCAAGAGGGAGUUUAGUGGCGAAGAAAGGCAAGCAAAGCAACCAUUCUCAGCCAUCUGCUUACCGCUUUCAUUUGCGUAGUUGGGAUGAACUUGAGGCAUACCGCGUCGCAGGGUCCUAUUGGAUUAGAUGCAUUGACCUUUUCAACAGCGUAAUCCCUAAUGUAAUACUAUAUGGUAUCGACAAUGACAACGUCCAGAAGUAUGGAGGGGAGAGGGAGCCAACUUUUAAUCCAAUCUAUAAAGACAAGACACUUCGGAUAGAAUACCGUGUGGCCUAUAACAAGUUCAAGGCCACCCAGCCCGGUAUUUUCAAGCGUAUCCUCCAGUGCACUGAAUAUGAAGACGACAGCACGUUAACGAUUCUGACUCAUGUAAUGAUGGAGGCUAUGAGGGGUGUAAGAAAGAACGACUCUUGCACCUUGAAAGGGCUGAUAUUCGACCUUAUCUUGAACAACCCCAAUAUCCCUGAAGAUGAUUCUAUGUUCAGUCCGCCCAUUAAAAACAAGAACACCAAGAAUCUACAUGGCUUCAAUCACAUCAUGUUCGCUCAUUAUAUGGUACCAUACGAUAACAUUGCCGACUUCAAAAACGAUCUGGAAGGCACAUGGUGUAUGCUACAAAGUAGCGAUGUAGAAUCAACUGGAGACCAGCUGCUAUCGUUCUUGUAUGACAACCGUUUAAUGAAGCCAGACAAGCCUGCCAUCUGUGAUGGCCUCUUUUGGGGCGAGGUACUCCGCCAAUGUACUCGUGCCAUCCUUUGUUCACCUAGUGCAGCUAUUGACAAAGCAGAAAGCUCAACACGUCGGGGCAAUGGGAAGAUCCUCGACAUUCAGGCUAUGGACCCUGAGCUUCUUGGUUAUAUGGCUGUUCAGACUUACUUUGCGCUGAGUGAAAUGCCAGAAUGGACAACUACCAACGGCGAGUUCGAUUUACAGUUGUUCUAUCAGAAGGUCGUCGACAACGUGACGAAGGGGUCUUCCAAUUGGAAGUUGAAUUUGUGGAGAUAUUUUGACAAAGGGGUCUUUGUCGAGAUCAAGAGUGGUCGUAAGAACUAUACAUCCAAUGCAAACUCUGAAUCUGGCCGACUUCAAGCUGAGUUCGCAAGGGAGGACGACAUGCUAGAGCUGUCAGGGGAUGAAGGGGACAAAGGGGAUGGUGGAGAAGGUGGAGAACAGGGUGGAGGGACUGGAGAGGUUGGUGUGUAA